CCAUAUAUUCGAUUUGAUUUUGAUUUUUUUUUUUUCCUGCGGAAUUUUGGAGGAAAAACUGCCCGGCUUCUAGCAUGAUGUCUUACCUCAAACAGCCCCCUUACGGCAUGAACGGGCUGGGGCUGACGGGCCCCGCCAUGGACCUGCUGCAUCCCUCCGUGGGGUACCCGGCCACCCCGCGGAAGCAGCGGCGGGAGCGCACCACCUUCACCCGCUCGCAGCUGGACGUGCUGGAGGCGCUCUUUGCCAAGACCCGCUACCCCGACAUCUUCAUGCGGGAGGAGGUCGCCCUGAAGAUCAACCUGCCCGAAUCCCGAGUUCAGGUCUGGUUCAAGAACCGCCGCGCCAAGUGCCGGCAGCCGCAGCAGAGCGGCGGCGGGGCCAAGAGCCGCCCGGCCAAGAAGAAAUCGUCCCCCGCUCGGGAGAGCUCGGGUUCGGAGAGCAGCGGGCAGUUCACGCCGCCGGCAGCGGCCUCCAGCUCCGCCUCGUCCUCCUCCUCCAGCUCGGCCUCCUCAGCCCCGGUGGGCGCCCCGGCCUCCCUCAGCACCCCGGCAUCGUCCAUCUGGAGCCCGGCUUCCAUCUCUCCCGGCGCGGCGCCCGCGGGGGUGACGGUGCCCGAGCCGCUGCCGCCGGCCGCCUCCUGCAUGCAGCGGGCCGGUCCCGCCGCCUCCGCCGCCUCCGCCUCCUACCCCGUGUCCUACAGCCAGGGCGGCGGCUACGGCCAGGGCUACCCCGCGCCGCCCUCCUCGUCCUACUUCGGGGGCGUGGAUUGCAGCUCCUACCUGGCGCCCAUGCACUCGCACCACCAUCCGCACCAGCUCAGCCCCAUGGGCCCCUCCUCGGUGCCGGGCCACCACCACCACCACCCGCUGAGCCAGAGCUCGGGCCACCACCACCAUCACCACCACCACCACCACCACCAAGGCUACGGCGGCACGGGGCUGCCCUUCAACUCCUCCGACUGCCUGGACUACAAGGAGCCCGCUGCUGCCGCUGCUGCCUCCUGGAAGCUCAACUUCAACUCCCCCGACUGCCUUGACUACAAGGACCAGGCGUCCUGGCGCUUCCAGGUCUUGUGAGGGGCCGGUCACCAUCCCCCCGAGCUGCCACUGACCUCCCACCCGGGGACUCCCCACCGCCUCCUGGGCAGGACUCUGGUUCUUCCUCCUCCUCCCUCUUGGUUAGCAGUGGCGAUGCCCUGGGGAGGUCCUGCCGCCCCCAUCUCUACUGACUGAUAUUUAUUUGCUUCCUGCACCACUCCACCAGGUUUAUUAUAAUUAUUAUUUUUUUAAACGCACCAGAAGAGGAGUUUAAAAAAAAAAAGAAAAAGAAAA